UUUGUAGUGAAAUGAGAUUUGUGUUAGUGACAAAAUAACAUUAUUGAAAGUUUUCAAGUUGUUGCUGAAGUUUUGUGGAGUAAUAAUAUUACCAAAUCGUUUGCAAAACACGCAUGACGAAACAUGGACAACGCAGGCAACAAUACCACAUCACUUGAAGACGUGAUCUUCUAUCUCAGCGAACUUAAGCAGAACCGAGCGUUCACCAACGAAGUUAUGUCAGCUUAUGAUAUAUGGCCUAUAGAAAAAUGUAUAGAGGCACAUCUUAUUAACGAGACUAAUACUGAUGACGCAAACAACCUCCUAUACACUUAUAAUGGCACUCAGCUAAAGUGCUUGGAACACGCACCAGUGUUAACCAAAAGUAUUAUAAUUAGAGCUAGCGUAUUGUCAGCUAUGGCCAUUCUUUCCUUUUUCGGUAAUGUGGCCACUAUUAUAAGUUUGAAAUUGGGAAAACGAAGCCGAGGAAGAGUGAGACCAUCUUGGACAGCUAUAUACAGUUUAAUUUUUCAGUUGAGUGUAGCAGAUUUGUUAGUGACUGUGUUUUGCAUAGCUGGUGAAGCGGCGUGGUCAUUUAUGGUACAAUGGUACGCGGGCAAUGUGAUGUGCAAAUUGUUCAAGUUCUUGCAAAUGUUCGCUUUGUAUUUGAGUACUUUUAUUCUGGUACUGAUUGGCGUGGACCGAUGGCUCGCUGUCAAAUAUCCAAUGAAAAGUAUGGCAACAGCUACGCGGAGUGGAAGAUUGGUCGUAAUUGCUUGGGUCCUGAGUUUCCUGUUCAGUAUACCACAGGCAAUAGUGUUCAGCGUGGUGCGAGGCCCGUUUGUAGAGGAAUUCGAGCAAUGUGUAACUCAUGGAUUCUACACAGAACGAUGGCAGGAGCAAGCUUACACUACAUUAUCCUUGGUCUUCAUGUUCGUACUGCCUCUACUAAUCUUAGUAUCUACUUAUGUAUCUACAGUUAGAACUAUUGCAAAAAGUGAAAAAGUGUUCAAACCAGAAGUGAGAAGGCAAGAGAAAUACCUGACGCCCGAUAUGAACCGGAGAAGAUUGAUUGAUAGAGCUAAAAUGAAAUCGCUGAGAAUGUCCGUUGUCAUUGUUGCGGCAUUUAUAAUUUGGUGGACACCGUAUUAUAUUAUGAUGAUCAUAUUUACCUUUUGGAAUCCUGAUAAAAAUCAAAGCGAGGAGUUGCUAUCGGGUAUUUUCUUCUUUGGCAUGUCGAACAGUCUAGUCAACCCAGUUAUUUACGGAGCGUUCCACUUGUGGCCGAAAAAAAAACUUACACGACACAGUGACAGAGAAUCUGGAGGUCAUCACGCAUCGCUUCUUCGUCGUGGAGACCAUACCUCUUCAGUGAGAUUAACCACAAUAAGAUCCAUAAGAUCUUCUGCAAAAUAUUCUAACGGAAAAAACUUAAGUAUGUUAUAACCAGUGCAUAAUUAUAGAUAUUGUAGACAUUGUCCAAUUCAGGAAGAAGAAAUGUG